AUGGCCACUUCUUCUCUGGCUCGACAGACGUCUUUAAGUCGACAAAAGAGCCCUGUCGCAGUACUAUUAAACCCCGAAACAGAUAUUCCUCUAGGAGAGAGAGACAUCAGAGUAGAGGACUACCUGAACGACAAAAUACAGACGGUUGCGGACCUUGGAGAUAUUUCAAGCUUGUUAGCUAGCGUAGAGUUGCAAAAGACACAGCUUGAAAGUCAACUUCGACAUGCAACAUCUGAACUGAAAGAUGCGCGAGUAGUGGCCGCCAACCGCAAUACCUUAAUGAUGGAGCAGUCGCAUGAGUUUGAAAGGGGAUAUGCCAACGUUCUUGAACGCCUGAAAAUUGUCACAUCAUCGGAUACACCGGAAGAAGCGAAGCGGAAAUUCGAGAAGCCGGUAGAGAAACUGCGGAAACUGGAGCUGGCUCAAGCAUAUGUCAAGCUCCUUGAGGAAGCAGAAUCUUUGAAGAGAGAGGCAAAAUCACACCUGCCGGGAAAUCCAAAGGAAGCCUUGAAGCCGUACACGAAAUUGAAAGAAAUUGCUAUGAUAUUGCCUGAGCUGCAGGAAGGGGCAGAGGGAAGUGGCGUCCACCUUGUCAAGUUCAUCCAGGAGACCGCAGAUAGCCUUUGGGGCGAAAUGAAGAAGAUUAUGUUGGAUGAAUUCGAAGCAGUGUUGAAAAAGUCGAAAUGGCCAGAUGCUAGCAGCGAGCCCACAACGGAAUGGAGCGAUUGCUUGGAAAAGCUUCUGGACCUGCAGAUGCCCGAGAUUGUUGCUGCGCGAGAGCCUCUUGUCCUUCUACCCAUGGAGGUCCUCGCCAAACCAUUCGUCCAACAGUUCAGAUAUCACUUUUUCAGCGACAAGCCCACGAAUCAUCCAACUCAGCUUGGAAACUACUAUUUUGAAUGGUUCCUUGGGACUGUCACCAAGUGGCAAAACUUUUUCAGAGAGAACAUCGGCCCUGUUCUUGGGGCCCAUUUCAGAGGUAACAUUUAUUCGGGCAACGCUCUUUACGUCGAUCCAGUCGCUGCAUUUGUGACAGCCCUGCUGCCAGUAUUGAAAGUAAAGGUCGAUGCCCAGAUCGAGUCAGUCGCUAACAAUCCGCAACUGCUCAGCCGCUUCAUGGUGCAGCUCAUGAAUUUCGACGAAGCUAUCAGAAAGAGGUUCAACUACGACGGAGGCAACCCGGAUCUAGGCUGGAAAGGCCUAACGUGGGAAGUUCUUGACAGAUGGUUUGAUACUUGGUACGAAGUCGAGAAGAGUUUUGCUCUUGACAGAUAUUGGGACAUCAACAAAUCACCGGAUAGUACUGUGAUUGACUACGACAGCUCUGGUCCUGGCAAGACCAAGCCUACCUAUGGCGCAAUCAAAGUUACAGACCUCAUCCAAACAGAGACGCUUCAAUACAACAAACUACGGAAAUUUUCUCAUAAGAUGAAAUUUCUCAUUGGUAUUCAGGCGGAGAUUCUGGAUCUCUACUAUGGUCGCCUCAAAGAUUCUCUGGAUGUUUAUAGCACGAUUACGUCUACAGUCGGUCGUACGAUCCAUGGAAUUACAAAAGAACAAGAAGCUGCAAUUCAUGGGAUUGGCAGAUUCGAGACACUUUGCAAGGUGUUCGGCAGCGCCGAGCAUCUGAUUUCGAUGAUGAAAGAUUGGAGCAAUGAGGAAUUCUUCAUCGAUAUGUGGGAAGACCUGCAAGAAAGGGCAAAGGACACAGACACCAAUGCCAAACUCGCUGGCGAAAUGUCAUACAGUGAGGUCAGGGAUAGCACAUCGGACGCUAUAGGUUCUGAGUCGGAAGGUGCUGUAUUUGACAAAACUAUCGAGAGCUUCGAGAAGCUUCGACAAAUGGCGGAGUCGUACAUCACUCAAGCUAUCAAAUACUCAUUUCCAGUAUCCUUUAAGCAAUUCAUCACAAAGCCCCAAUGGUGUACAAUUGGAGAUUCUUCUUCCAGCUCAUAUCCCUCUGCGAGGACUGCAGAACUGGAUGGACCACUUCGGGAAAUGGCUGAAAGCAUGGAGUUCUUACGAAAAGUGCUUGCCGAUACACCGUUCCGACGGAUCUGGCGCGACGCACUUGGUACUCUUCAAGAUUUGCUCUUGCACGAUGUUCUGCUCCGACAAGAGUUCACCACCCUUGGUGCAGCACAACUUCGAUUCGAUUUUGAAGCUAUCCAAGCAACAAUUAGGCGGCACAUGAAUUAUGAUGAAGGUUCAACAUUUGCGAUGCCGAAGCUGAGGGAAGCAAUUUUCUUACUAAACGUUCCUCUUGAUGCUGAGGGUGACCAGAAGUCCCUCAGGGAAGUCAGCGAGGAAAUCUUUGCAGAUGGCCAGCGUACUUCAGAUGCGCUUGAACAUCUAGGGCUGAAACAUCUUACGAAUGGCGAGGCUAGGGCAGUCUUGGCGAAGAGACUUGAAGCAAGUACUGAUUAG